GGCCAGUCCCGACGUGAUCGAGAGAUCGCACUGGUCUUCAGUCGGUUCUUGAUCGUUCGCGCGACUUGUAACGUCUUGGUGCCAGUCUCCGCGGUGGUGCUCCUCCGAACGUAAACCCGGUCUCCGUCGUGAUUUGAAAACCCAGAAAGAUCCAGAAACAUGCCGAAACCAGUGGAGGAACCGUUCGACCAGUUCCAGCAGUACUACCGCACGCCCAGCAACCGGUCAACGGCGGAGAGCUUUAGGCUGUUCCUAUGGAAUCCUGAUGAAGGCGUAAUCUUUGGCCGCACCCCGGCCAGUUGGUCGAAAAUCGGCACAUUCUACAUAGUUUUCUACAGCGUUCUGGCCGCGCUGGUUGCGGUGUGCAUGUGGGUUUUCUUUCAAACACUGGAUCCUCGCAUUCCCAAGUGGCAAAUGGAUCAGUCGCUGAUCGGCACCAAUCCGGGAUUGGGUUUCCGUCCCCUGCCGUCCGAGGACAACGUUGAGAGCACGCUGAUCUGGUACAAGGGCACCGAGGAGAAGAACUACAAGAUGUGGACGGACGCGUUGGAUGAUUUUCUGCAAGACUACCGAACUCCCGGUCAGGUGUCGGGCCGCGGUCAGAACAUCUACAACUGCGACUUCAACCAGCCACCACCGAAGGGUAUGGUUUGCGACGUCGACAUCAAGCAGUACGGUCCGUGCACGCUGGAGAACCAUUACAACUACCACAAGAGCGCCCCGUGCAUAUUCCUGAAGCUCAACAAGAUCUACGGCUGGGUUCCGGAAUUCUACAACGAUUCGAACGCGCUGCCCUCGAACAUGCCCACCGACCUGAAGGAGUACAUCAAGGAUAAGGAAGCCAAGGAACGGCACACGAUGAACACCGUGUGGGUUUCGUGCGAAGGUGAGAACGCCGCCGACAUCGAAAACGUCGGACAGAUCCAGUAUUAUCCGCGGCGCGGAUUUCCCGGCUACUACUAUCCGUAUGAAAACUCCGAGGGCUACCUGAGCCCGCUGGUGGCGGUGCACUUCGAGCGUCCAGUGCGUGGAAUUAUCAUCAAUGUAGAGUGCAAGGCUUGGGCCCAUAACGUUAAGCACGACAGAUACGAACGGUUGGGUUCGGUCCAUUUCGAGCUGAUGAUCGAUUAAGGCAGUUACGAUCACGCCGCGGUUCACGCUGGUUAGUGAUUCGGUUAACUUCCUCGCAGCCCAUCGCCAAAAGCAAGCCAGCAGCAGCAACAACACCCGAAGCAGCUUCGGAGGAAAAUUAGCCGCCAUCUUUUAGAAUCUCGCACGGAAUGUUAACACACAAUCCUCCUUUUCUGACUGCACUACAACAACACAAAACAAUGCCCCUUGGCCAUACUCGAGCGAGACAGCAGGAUUGCAAAAGAGAGAAAACAUACUACGGCCAACUCCAGAAUCUAGUAGAGCGACCAACCGCGACACCUAAUCUAAGACAGAGGGGAACAAGAUAAAGAAAGCUCGUAUAGCUACGCGCAGUGGGAAAAGUGGGAGGAAACGAUGAUUAGGGAAGGCGCCUUGCUGUUAUUCAUGCGCUUGUCGCUUGUUCGCCACACUUUAUACCAGCUAACGUUGUUACGCAUUGAUAACCAAUUUUUUUAAUCUCCAAUUUCUUCGUGUGAAUUUUCGAUCGUAAGAAUCUCUUCUACUAAAAUUGCUUGCAUGCAAAGCCCUCAGAGAAGGCUUUAUGGCCAUGUAAUUUAUGGCGCUUGAACGUCAAACUUUUUAAACCGAUUUCGCUCGCGUAUACGGCUUGGACACUGAAAUCUGGCAAAGCAGAUGAUCUCAUAGAUCCUUAAGUGGCAGAUUUCCGAUCCGGCUACACCACCACACCCAACCUGGUCCCUACUGCGGAGGCAAUAUUAUCAACUCUCAAUGUACGCAUCUGUAAAUAUCAGUCUUCCCGUCGAGCGUGGUGUGUUUCGUGAUGUGUGUGGGUUACGCAUAAACGGGACAAAGCAGCAGACUAUCGACAUCGUUAAUAACUCGCAAAAUGAAUGUUUCGCGCAGCUCUUUUCUGCUUCAUACCAGUUACGAGUUUGUACUACUGCCAGCAAUGCAUUAGGUAGCUAAAAAUAUCCCAAACACACCGCUAUGAAGCUAUUUGAAGCUGGUCGCAUUCUCUUACCUUGUGGCGCUAAAUCUAUAACUCAUGUGUGUUGUGUUGGCUUUAUGUGAACCGAUUCAUAAUGUCCUUACGCGCACAGUGAUCGAGUGCGGUUCAUUUUUGUUUUCGUUUUUAUCUACACUCAACUUCACAUACAAUGUGGCUCCCCUUUACACACCUGUACGAGCAAUAUCCCACCAGUUUAGAUAGUUCGUGGAAAACGUUUUGAGCUUUUUGGGAAAUGCUUUUUCUUAUCGAUUACAAAACUAACCAAUUCAACGUGUCUUCUACGUAGAUCGAGAUGGUAGGAGGGACGCAACAAGGGAACAACUUGUCUGUAGAGUAGGGAUGUGUGUGUGUGAAGUAGUACACGAUUAGCAAACACCAGAGGAGCGAAAACGCCAACUUCUUUUUGAGAGUGACGGAGCACUUGCGCGUUUCGUGCCGCCAAACAAACAGUAGCAAUAGCACAUACAAGCAACAUUUUUCGAUGCCUUUUUCUGAGAGUAGUGUUAUUGUGACUCAAGUGCCAAUCGCUGGAGAAGAUCAUUGUGUAGUAGUUCCACCGCCAAACGAUACUCACCGAAAAAUUUCCCAUCCGAGAUCGCGUUUUGAAAACCGCGCGCAAAACGCAGCCCAUUAGCAAAGACAUCAACCGCCAUGUAGCGCACAGCCCGUUGGCUGCGUGCUGAAUGAGGUUGAUUCUUUGAAAGGAGAUGUUACAAUAUGCUCCGCCAUCUCAAACAACUCAAAGGAAACUCUUACAAUCUCAUGUCGACCCCCGUUGCGGGUCGCAAACAUUUGGUUAGAAUAAUUCUCUGUUUCUGUUUUCAACCGACCGUAGCCGUUUUAACGUAGCCAUAGUUUUUACUCUAGAAGCAUCGUGUGUCGUACAGUCGUGUCUCACUCGUUUCGUGCGUGUGUGUUCCGCACCAUAAUCACAACCUAUCGUUAAAACGGAAGCUGCGCCCACGAAGCGAGUUCGAAUUUGUUCCCAAACCAAGCGAAACAAGAACACUAAAAUUUCUUUACAAUUCGUCCAAGGAAUCAAAAUUCCGCUCUAAUUUUAUUUUUGUUUAUUGAAAAUAUAUCUGCAUUUUAUUCUCUCAUAAGAAGUGAAAACCGUACCGACGAGUGGUUUGCCAAGCGUGGUUCACUUGAUAGCGAAAUCAAAAAUGAAAAAAGACAGUAGCGUGUUAACGUGUCGCGGAACGCGGAACGCGGAGAGAAUUUCACAUCUUUACAAAAGAUAAAGCAAACAUGCUCUAGUGUCGGUCGUGCCCGGCUUCCGGCCCACACCUACCCGAACCGGAUUCAAACUGCUAUCAGGAGUGUGACGUUAAACCGAUCGUUAAACAACAAAACAUAAGAGCUGUUACAAUUUGCGAUUUGGUAGUUCAAGAUUCAUGAACGCUCAUUUUCGAGUUUGAUCCGCACGUUUUGCAGAAUACACAAUCGUGCGUUAAAAAGAGCGUAACCUGCGCGAAUUCGACAGACCUCGACCGAUGUGUGAUGCCCGGGCUGGGGAGAGAUACCAUCGUUCAGAGCCAACCUUGUGCGACGUUCCGAUAGAUAGUGCUAUAAUUGCAAAUUGUAAGAAGAACCUAUGUAAUUGUAACGCGAACCGAUCCGAAUAAAGAUUAGAAAA